CUGAUCUGCUAGUACUUUCCUGCUGAUCCUGCCAUUUACUUGGGCAACAAGUGGUUAACACACGGAUCACUUGAGGUUGCCAUGGCACGGCGUCGAUCGUCCGACACUCGGUACUAGGCGUGGACUGUGAAAAUACAACAUUAAGUGUCACUUUUCGAGGUGGAGAGACUGCCGUUGGUACCAACUCUACAGAUCCAUCAUACGAAGAGGAAAAUCCGAAAUAUCACCAAGAAAACGGGACAAGGCAUCAUCAGGCGAACCUAAUCCGAGGGCAGCAGGAGUGUAGCUUGGUAGCUAACUGGCCAAGCUAGCUAGUUAGCAACAGAAGCCAUUUUCCUACCUCACAACAUUAACGUUAGCUAAGAUUAGUUAAGUACGUGAAGUAGGUUACAUGGAAGUUUUCAAAAUAUCUUAAACAGGCUUUGUCGUUGGACCCGCCAUAUUCCCGGAGGCUCCAUGGAUUCCCAGAGCAUCAAGCAGGCCUACGAGGACAACAGGGAGGCCGAGCGGGACCGGGAGUCCCAGCGGAGUUCGGCCAAGUACUCCGAGGUCUCCCGGAAGGCCGGGUCGGACCGGAACGCCGACGGCAGCUACAGCAACAGUGUGGCCAGCGACCGGGCGAGGACCAGGACGCGGGACCCCGACCGCGACCGCGUGUCGGACGGCGAGAAGGACAGCGAGCGCUACUACUCCGACGAGUACGACAACAUGUCCCCGUCCGACCGGUCCCGCUCCGUCUCGCCCUGCUCCCUGUCCACCUCGCCCGGCCUGCGCAGAGCCCCGCGCGCCCGCCUCCCGGCCAGCAGGAGGGGCCCGCACGGGAACGGUACACGCCCUCCACGGCCGGGCGGUAAGCCGGUCCGGGCGGGCGGCCGGUCCCAGAGUAAGGAGUCCCCGCUGAAGGAGCUGGACGUGGUGACGAAGCGGGUGCUGUCGGCGCGGCUGCUGAAGAUCAGCGAGCAGCGGAACCAGCUGUCGGACCUGCAGCAGCGCAUGGACGGGCUGCAGCGGGAGAACCGGGCCCUGAGGCAGCUGCAGCGCCGCCAGGAGAGGGCGCUGGAGCGCCUGGACCAGGCGGACGGCGAGGUGGCGCAGCUGAUCGCCCGGCACGGCGACGAGGCGCACGUCCUGCGGGAGCGCCUGCGGAGGACGCAGGAGCGGGAGCGCGCCGGCGAGAGGAGGCUCCGCGAGGUGGAGGAGGAGCUGCGCAGGGCCAGGGCCGCCCUGCAGCGGCUCAGGAAGCUGGCCCAGGACCGGCAGCUGGGCGAGAGGGACGAGCUGGCCCGCCGGCUGGCCCAGGCGCAGGAACGCGCGCAGGACGACGAGCGCAGGAUCAAGGAGCUGGAGCGGAACCAGGAGCUGAGCAGCGGAAGCUUCCAGAGACAGCUCGCCGCGGAGCGCAAGAAGACGCACGAGGUGCAGGAGGAGGUCCGCGCUCUGCGGGACGAGCUGGAGCGCGUGGCCCAGAAACUCAAGGAGAAGGAGAGGGAACUUGACACCAGGAACAUCUACGCCAACCGGAUGGUGAGAGGAACUCCACGGAAAGAGGCGGACAGCGGGCUGAGGAGGAAAGGUCCGGGCGGGGAGGGGUCCCCCCGGUGCUCCAGUAAAGGGGUGCAGACCGAGGAGCGCCCGGCGCCCCUGGACUUCCCAACACCCCCGCCCGCCGCCGCCGACGCCCCGGAGCCCCCCAGAGACGGCGGAUACUUCGCCCUGAAGGAGCUGCAGGAGGAGGAGAAGUCACUCGGGAUCACGGAGGAGAGGGAGAGGGAGGAGAAACGCCACACGCGGCAGGAGAAGGCUUCCAGAGCACUCGAACUGCGAGAGGAGGAAGAGGAGAAGGAGGAUGAUGGCCAGGCGGUGUUCCAGAAGGAGGAUGGCAGGAAGAGGCUGAGCCUGUUCCAGACACAGCGGGACCCGGACGAGGAGGAGAAGCAGUCAAAGACAGCCACUCAGGUCGCGAGCUCAGAGAAACGGGGGGAGGAGGAGGAGGCAAAGCCAGCCAGUCAGGAGGAGGCGCGACGCAGGAAGGAGCAGCUCCUGGCUAAGAUGCGGGAGAUCGACCGGGAGGACGACCACACCGACGCCACCGCCGACCCGGCCGGGGCCCCGCCUGAACCCAGACCCCCGCAGCGGCCCUCAGAGCCGGGGGAGGCCCUCCCCGGCCCCGGCCCCCCGAGGAGGCCCGCCCACCCAGGCCGCAGGGGCCUGAGCCCGCAGGGCGCCGUGGAGGACCUGUCGUUCGGGGGCUACGCGCCAUCGUUCGGCAGGCCGGCGGGGAGGGCCCAGAGGGGCGGGUCAGGGGGCGGGACGGGCAGCGGGGCGGGGGGCGGGACGGGGAGCGGGGCGGGGGGCGGGGGUGACGAGAGGCUCAAAGACGUCCCGGGGGACGGGGACCCGGCGCGGGAGAAGAAGUCCAACCUCAUGCAGCAGCUCUUCGGCCCCCCCGUCGCCAACGGCAACGUCGAGGCCUCCAAGAUGGAGGUCCUGAGCCCUCCGCCGCCCGCCCACAAGGCCGCCAGUCACAACGGCGGGGCCUUCCCCUGGGACGCCGCCCGGAACCCGCCGGCCCGCCGAAACCAGAGCACCCUGCAGGUGACGGAGAGCAGGCCGACUGUCCGAGCCAUCGCCUCGUUCGACGACGACAUCGAGGAGGUCACCCUCUAAACGCGCCGUCCACUAAAGACUGCGCUCUCUCAGUCCUGAGCACUGCGGGGUCUGUAGGAGCUCAUUAAAAUAUGUGUCGGGAAGUUGUGACCUCACAAAUAUGCGAUUGGAAUGUUGGCGAGCUGAACAUUCUAAUGCUGAUGUAACGAUCACUACGGGUAGCUGUUCUUGGACACUGACUUCAAAAUUUUGAAGAAAAACCUGCUCUUCAUAGGGGUUGUCUGUUGUUGGAUACAGAAAAAAUAUGUAAGAGUCAUCUUUUAACGUCGGGUAGUAAUUUCGCGAAGAGAAAGGAUUUUCUAUGAAGUCGUUCCUGCAGAAAAUUUAAAAGGCUCUCCUGCAGUUGCCUGUUUUCUGCACCUUUACCCAGAAGGCUUAGUGUAUAUCAUGUAAUAUAUUACAAUAUUUUUAUAGACUUGUAUAUACAGAACUGUAUAGAUUUAAAACCAGCUACAAGCAAAAGAAUGUUCAGCGUUAAUCAAGGGAAGCAAAUGCAUAUCCUUAUGUAGUAGUCCGGGGGUGACCGUCAGAAAUCUUCGGUUGCCUUCAAUCACUGUCGACGGCAGAAUAUGAUUCCAUCAGGUAUGAGGCGGUUCGCUGAAAGGGACCCGCAGAAUUUCUCAUUUGAGUUUUGUUGUCCAAUUAAAAUGCCUGUAUGUGGUUCACGCAGUCUAGAACUAACCAACUGAGUCAUGGGAUUUCCUACAGAAAUGACCAGUAGUGUUAGUUCAGGCAGGCUUCUGUUUUGAUUAUGUUCUUGCAAACUCCAUCCCACCCCCACCCCCACCCCCCGGUCCUCCCUGGGUGCUGUGGCCAUAGCAGAAUCCAGCUGUCCCCGAAGUUUGCAGAUUUAUCCGCCCCCGGUAGGUAUACUACAGUAAUGACUGUGUGCCAGCCAUUUUCCAUUACAUCAGCUCUGGGCUUAUAUUUUAUUGUAAGUACUCUUUUUUCAGACUUAAAUGGGUCUCCGUAGUACUCUUUCAGGUGAUGAUUCGGGUGUUUUUGGACAAGAUAAAUAUACUAUACUCUGCUUUAGUCUGGAAAAACACGAGUGCACUGUUACUUAUGAAGUUAUUACUCAGGUGGAUAUUGAUGUGACCUAAUUAACUGAGCCUAGUAGUCGUUCAGCACAAGUCUUUCAGUAAAUGUACCCUUCUGUUCAAUUCACAGUACAGGUUCAUAUUUGGGAAUACAGAGACCGUAUAUUUCUUUUGUAUUGUUAUAUAUGGUAACGAUUUCAGGAAUAUUUUCUCCUCCUCCUUUUUUUUCGUGUAUAUAAUGAUUAUAAUUGUGAAGCUAUAACUUGUAGACAACCCAGCCGAAAAGGGGAAAUGGCGUUUUUACCCUACAUUGCGGGCAAAUCUGUUUGACUUUUCAUUUCAAUGAAAAAAAAUAUUUUGUAUUUUUGUACGUAAGAUAAUGUUUCUCAAAGCACAAGCAAGACAUAUCAGCACCAUGAGGCCCGCGGUAAUUCUGUGUGAAGUAACUACAGUGCAUGAAAGCUGUAUUCAGAAUUAAUUUAUAUGACACUAAAAUUAAUUAAAAGAUGAUUUGGCCAACUGGCAGCAAUGCGGUCAUAUAUUAAGGAAAAUAUUCUGUAAUAACUAUCUCCUGUUCAUUUCAGCCAAAGAUACACAGGCCUGUUCGAUCUGUCAUCGCUGCGCUGUGCAUGUAUCGUUUUUCGACAUAUUCAUCUAAAUACAGCAUGACAUUUUGCAAUGUAAAGUUAAAAAAAAUUUUCAUAAUAAAAAAUUUGGGGGGAUGUUUAGCAAGCACCCCCUGUAUCUAUAUCUGUAUCUGCAGUUCUGGAACUAAUUCCAGGAGUGCGUGGUACGGCCAAUUAAAACGUUCCCUGGGUGCUUCUUUCUCCACCAGGUGCCUUGACAGGGGGGUGCCUGUGAUACCCAGUGUGUAUGAUUGUAUUUAUUUCAUCUUGAUCACUUUAUAUAAAAAAAAAAAAAAAUGUUAGUGUGUAUAUUUUACAGAUGUACAAUAGUUUGUCUAAUCCGUGGGGCAAAAAUAAAAUAAUUGUUUAUAUUUAGAUGCAGAAAAUGUACUUUGAUAAAGUAAUGUCAAUAAGCAAUUUACUUGGGAAAUUUGAAUGCACAAUCAACACCAAUCUGUCUUAGGAAGCUAAUAGAACAUAUACACCAAAUGGAUUCUUUGAUCUUUAGCCCAAUUGAUUUUCAUAUUUCAGUUUGUAUUCUGUCAGCGAAAACCAAUUCUUUCAUCCUCAUUGAAAAUAAUCAAGGGAAAAUGACAUUUAAAAUAAAAUGUUAUUUAAAUGCACACAAUCGUGACUGUUUGUAGCGGUGACUUGGGAGUCCAACCUGAUUGGACUGUUUGCUCUUGCAACAUUUCCUGUUGCCAAAACCUGUUUUUAUUUAAACCGUAAGUAAGAUUGCAUCGGACGUGUGCACUCGUACCAGUAAUCUCGUUGUGUUCUGCCAAACACCAACAUGGAUCAGAAUAUUCCAUCGUGUGAGGUUGGUGCAGUAAUCUCAGCUGACUCUCAGCAGAAGAGUUUUUAACCCAGACAAUCACGGUAACCAAGCG